CUUUGAAUGGCUCCAAUUAAUUAUGGGCAAAGGUGGGAUUUAUAUCAGUGCAAGAUGAGGCUGGUGUUGAUACUCCACACAUAUCCCAUUCCGAGCUUCACCGACACCCUCAUAAGUCUGCUCGUAUUAUUCCAAAGACCAACUUCGAUACAGAGUCACACUACAAACCUGUCAAUGUAACGUCGUUAUCUUGAUGAUUGGUCGAGAUAAUCUGAUAUCGCAUUCGCCCGUCCACUGUACGACCGUUUGUGGAUCUUCCUCCGCUUCAAGCUCCAGGAUGUUGCUUUCGGGUUGCUCAUGAAUCCACUGGAGUGCAUCCGUAGAUAAGACCCUCACAAUUCCUUGUCCUAACCGACACGGCUCGAUGUUGAUAUUGAGAUAAGAUUUUCUCUGGAUUUUCCCCGUAAGUAAGGUUGGACGUGCUCCAUUUCAGCCUACGGACAUUUUGUGACGUCGACGACUUGAACCCAAGAUGGACGCUCAACCAGCUACAACGAUGGAUUCUAUAGCUGGCAACAAACAAAACAUUGAAAUCAGAGCCGAUAUGGCGAAGGAUAUCUCGCAUGAUGGCCCGGCAGAUAUCAAGAAAGGAACAUUCCUCGAAAUUGAUGCGACGCGCGAUAUCACCAAUGCCGAGCAUGAGUUGAAAUUCUGGGAUGCUGUGAGGCAAUAUCCCAUGGCUGUCUUUUGGGCUCUGUUCUUCUGUAUUGCAGUUAUUAUGGCUGGGUUUGAUGCGCAGAUUGUCACUUCUUUUUAUGCACUGCCUUCGUUUCAGACUCAUUAUGGGAGUUUGUUUGAGGGGGAAUAUAUUAUUACUGCUCCGUGGCAAACUGGUGAGAGUCUUUUCUGCGAUUUGUCUAUUGAUUUUUGAGAACCUUUCAGACUCCGAAUGGCUGUUUUUGCUUAUAGCCGGCUUGAAUGUUGGGCCAAAAAGCUAAAUGUUGGAUAUACUAAUACUUCUCGCAGCUCUGGGAAUGGGCAAUCCAAUCGGUCAGAUCGUCGGUGCGCUUGCAGCAGGUUGGCCAUUGGAAAAAUGGGGAAGAAGAUGGACACUAGCAGUCUGCUGUUGCUGGUCUAUUGUCUUCGUCUUCGUGCAAUUCUUUUCAACAUCUCUUGGAAUGCUCUGCGCCGGGGAAAUCUUGGGUGGACUUGCGUAUGGUUUCUACGUGGUUAUUGGCCCUGUUUAUGCUUCAGAAGUCUGCCCUCUUGCUCUUCGUGGUGUUCUCACUGCCUCUACAAACUUGGCCUUUGUUAUUGGUCAAUUUAUUGCUCAGGGAGUCGCUGCUGGGAUGGCUAAUAGAACUGAUGUCUGGGCUUAUAGUAAGUAGAUCUCCACUGGUAUUUGAAAUGGCUUUUUAUAAGGAAGUGCAUAGCUGACAGCUCUACAGAAAUUCCAUUUUUGUUACAGGUACUACUCAAAUCUAACCACGAACAGAUGAAAUAUCUAUACGCAUUAUUCAGGAUACUGACACCUAUUUCUAGUGGGUGUGGCCCGUUAUCCUCCUCGCUGGUCUACCGUUUGCCCCAGAAAGUCCUUAUUGGCUUGUCAGACAAAACCGGAAAGAAGAAGCAAAAGCUUCCUUGAUGAAGCUUUCCUCCUCGAAACAUCGGCCCGAUCUUGAUGCCGUCCUCGUGAUGAUUGAACAAACCGACCUUUUGGAACAAGAACUCGAAGCUACAACCACGUACAUGGAUUGCUUCAAGGGGGCUAAUCUUAAAAGGACUGAAAUUUCGGUCAUGGUUUACUUAAUUCAAGUUAUCAGUGGAAAUCCUAUGAUUGGAUAUGCCAAUCUCUUCUUCAUUCAGGCUGGUCUCAACUCCUCCGACGCUUUUAAUAGUUAGUUGUCAAGUUUGAAGUACCAAGGGGUUCAAUAGCUAACAAUGUAUAGUGGGAGUUGGGAACACUGCUCUUGGUUUUGUCGGAACUAUUCUCUCAUGGCCACUUAUGUCAUAUGUGAGUACCGCGCUAUUUCCAAGAGACUGCUUAGCUAACAAUUCCAGAUUGGAAGACGCUCCAUCUAUCUCACCGGAAUGGUAUUCAUGACCACAUUCCUCUUCGUAAUUGCCUUCCUCGACUUUGGCCGUAGCCACUCAGGCAUAGUAUGGGCUCAAGCUUCACUCAUGGACAUCUGGACCUUUACAUACCAAACCACCGUCGGGCCAAUAUGCUUCGUGAUCAUCUCGGAAGUCUCAGCAACUCGUCUUCGUGGGAAAACAAUCGCCAUCGCUACAGCUGCUCAAGCAUUCGCUUCCAUCGUCUUCACGAUUGUCAUGCCGUAUAUGCUUGGUAGCGAUCAGGCGAACUGGCGUGGGAAAGCGGGGUAUCUGUUUGGGGCAAUUAGUUUUGUGUGCGCGAUUUGGUGUUGGUUUAGGAUUCCUGAGACGAAGGGUAGAACUUUUGAGGAGUUGGAUAUUCUGUUUGAGAGGAAGAUUAAGUCGAGGGAUUUUAGGAAGUAUGAUUUGAUUGAAAGGGAGGGAUUGGCAUAGACUUAUAUAUAAGUGUGGAGAGAGGAUGAAAUAACGUGGAUUGUUUGUUAAGAAGAACGGUUCAGUCGGUUGAUUUAUGGUACAACAAAACGUUACCUAGUAAACUCAAUAACCAAUGAAGAAAAU